AUGUACUCAAUACGUCGGAGCUGCCAGUCGGCACUGCGCAAUUCGAAUGGCGUCGCUGUCUAUGCCAAUGGCUCGCGCCGCGCUUUCUCGCGGAGUGUGGCACGGUCAAAGGGCGGCCUUCCUGUCUUCCUUGAGCCCUCCUCCACCGAACUCUCAGCUACACUCGCCAAGAUCAACUCGAAGGUCCUCCUCCCCGAACACUUGACACGAGAACAGCAAAAGCUCGUCUACAAGGAGAAGGGGCGCGCAAAGCUCGAGACCGAACCUGUCGAGGUCACCGUAGGCGACGUGACCCUUCCCCUCGAAUUCAUCGACCGCAACUCGCGACCGGGCCGAUGGGACAGCCUGCAGGAAGUGAUCAACCAGAGCGAAACAGCAGCAGAUUGGGAGAAUCUAGUUCGUGUACUGGAGGGCUUCCACAGCGCCGGUAUUGCCGUCAAACCCCAAUGGCAGGAGCUUGUAGUACGGAAACUGAACGAGAACGGACACCAAAAUAUUGUUCUGAAGGCGCUGCAACGAGUCAAGGCCACGGGAGUGCGAUUGAGCAACUAUUCCGUUGCGUUCAGAACCUUGAAGGGCGCACACGACCGGGCCGCAGACUCUGACUGGGAAAUGGAGGAGACUGUCAAGGCGCUGCGGUAUGCGCGACAGGUCGUUGAGCUGAUGGAGGAAGAGGAGCACCACGCCGUAUCGUCUCUGAAGGGCGUCAAGCAGUUUCCAACCGACUGGAGGAGUGCGCCCUUUGUCAUCGCCAUACCUACAGAGCUGGCCGCUAUCGUUGCGCAGAAGCACGAAGGCGAUGUCGAGGUUGUGAAGAACCUCGCCAACCGCCUCGUCAACGCCCUCAAGCAGAACAACACCGCCGCACUACCAAAGACCCACGAACCAUCAGCGAUCCAAGCUGAGGACUCGAUCGACCGUGUAUCCGCUCUCGCUAAAAAGACAGAAGCGGACUUUAAGGGCAAGAAGACACAGACCGAAAGCCUCAACCAGUACUGCCAGGGAUUGUUCGAGUCAAUGGUCAUCUGGAAUGCGCUGAAGACAUCAAAGGUUGUGCUGGGCGCGGACAUGCCGCUUGCAGCAGAGGCUGCCGAGUACCAGAGCAGAGCCAAGCAGGUGCUGGAUGAGAGCGUGCAGGCUCUUCCUAAGCUGCAGAUGAGGGACGGCCUGGAGCUCAAGAGCCAGUACCCCGCUUACAUCCGAGAGCAGGUGCAGAAGUGUCAGGCAUAG